ACAUGACAGACGAAUCCAGGAAGUAUUUUGGUUACACAAGGCGGAAGCGUACAAUCUACUGAACCUGAAAGUGUUUUGGCAGAAAAGAAGAAAACACUGCGAAAGAGGACCGACACUGCUAUAACUCACAGUUCACGGGGCGGAGUGGUGAUUGUUUUUCGUUACUGGUUAAACUGGGUCAAUCCACCUUCCUACACCCGGCUCUUCCUACCAGAAGAUUGAUCCCUGACCUCGCUCACCAUCAGUGCCUGUGUGUUCAGGGUUGGCUCCUGUCCUUACACCCCGUUAGGUAGCCUUUAGUUUCAGCCCAACUCAGACCAUCUCCUUCCAUAACAGUCUCUGUAUCUGUCAAUGGCUGGGCGCGGUGGAGGAUCAACCAGGCCUAAUGGUGCCGCAGCAGCAAACAAAAUCUGCCAGUUCAAACUGGUGCUGCUGGGGGAGUCGGCAGUGGGUAAGUCCAGCUUAGUGCUGCGAUUUGUCAAAGGCCAGUUCCAUGAAUUCCAGGAGAGCACCAUUGGAGCUGCCUUCCUCACUCAGACCGUCUGUCUGGACGACACAACUGUGAAGUUUGAGAUCUGGGACACAGCAGGUCAAGAGCGCUACCACAGCUUGGCUCCAAUGUACUACAGAGGAGCGCAGGCAGCCAUUGUGGUCUACGACAUCACCAACACAGAUACAUUUGUACGGGCAAAAAACUGGGUGAAGGAGCUGCAGAGACAAGCCAGUCCCAACAUAGUGAUCGCUCUGGCAGGCAACAAGGCAGACAUCGCAAACAAGAGAGCCGUGGAGCUUCAGGAGGCGCAAGUGUAUGCUGAUGACAACAGUCUACUCUUCAUGGAGACCUCAGCUAAGACUGCCAUGAAUGUCAACGAAAUUUUCAUGGCUAUUGCAAAGAAGCUACCGAAGAACGACGCUCAGGGUGGAGCAGGACAAGGUGGACGGACCCGGACAGGAGUGGAUCUACAAGAAGCCGCCCCUCAGGGCCGCAGCGGCCAGUGCUGCGGCGGCAAUUAGCAAGUACAAUACAAUGAACUUAGUCAGCGAGCCCUGAACAUUGGUUUAAGGACAGCACGUAGCUAAAACCCAGAGAGGCAGGAGAGAGCAGAGCCACUCGCCACUCCUGCACUUAAACUGAGAUUACAGAUGAGAUUAUCUGGAUCCUCUUUGAUUAAAGGAACAUAAAAAAAAAAUUUAAAAAAAAGAAUCAUAAGCUAGAGGGAAUUACCAAGAUCCCUCACUACUUCUCUUUGGUCUUUGCCCCGUGUAUUUGUCUACCUCCCUGUUCCACUUCAUCCUCUGUCUCAGUUGAUUGAAUUCAGUCUUAGAUUAUAUUUUUUGAGGGGUGAUAUUGAGGUUGUUUGCCAUUUUCUCUAACUGUUUGAGUGUGUUUUAAUGUUCUGCAUGUGUAUCUGUGUAUAUAAUAUAUACACAGAUACACAUACAUAUACAAUACAUAUAGACAGUUGUUUACUUUUCUACUUCUGUCAUUUCCCUCUGCAUUCAUCAUCAUUAUGAAAGAUACAACCCAACUGUCAUUAAUGCUGAGAUUGCAAGAGGCAGAGUGAUGAAUCUUUCUGUCUUAUUGCAAUGUAGAUCACAGCAUUUCAUUCUUCUCUUUAGGGACCUGGACAUGACACAGUUAUAAGGAAAGCUCAAGGCUUUAUUUAAUGAAGCAGGUCAUGAUUUAAUAGGCUGCAACAUCUGAAGAUGUUUCUAAACUUUGCAACAAAUGCAGUUUGCAUUCAUUGUAUGUUGAUACCUGUAACACCAGAGAGUUGUUAGCCUUAUUUUUAAAUGAAAAUGUGAGAAUAACUUGUAAAUCUAAAAAAGUAAUAAAUAACAUGAAAGAUUCUGA